AUGGUUUCCAAGACAGUUAAGUUGAACAAUGGUAUUGAAAUCCCACUAGUUGGAUUCGGCUGCUGGAAAGUCGAAAAGUCAAUCUGUGCUGAGCAGAUUUAUGAGGCAAUUAAAGUUGGCUACCGUCUGUUUGAUGGUGCAAUGGACUAUGGCAAUGAGAAGCAGAUUGGAGAGGGAAUUGCCAAGGCAAUUGAAGAUGGCUUGGUCAAAAGAGAAGAGCUGGUUAUUGUUUCCAAAUUAUGGAACAGUUACCACAAGCCGGAAAAUGUCAAAAAGGCAAUUAGAAGAGUUCUUGACGACCUAAAGUUAGACUACUUGGAUAUUUACUACAUCCACUUCCCAAUUGCUCAAAAGUUUGUCCCAUUUGAGGAAAAAUAUCCACCAGGAUUCUACUGUGGUCCUAAUGGUUGGGAAUUUGAGGAUGUUCCAUUGGCCGUGACCUGGAGGGCAAUGGAAGAACUUGUUGAGGAGGGACUUGUUAAGUCAAUUGGUAUCUCUAAUUUCUCGGGUGCCCUGGUCCAGGACCUGCUAAGAGGCUGCAAGAUCAAGCCUCAAUUGCUGCAAAUUGAGCACCACCCUUACCUGACUCAGGAGAAAUUGAUCAAGUACGUCCAAGCUCAGGACAUUGCUGUUGUUGCAUACUCCUCUUUUGGACCACAGUCCUUCGUGGAGCUUAACCACGCUAAAGCCAAGGACACUGUUUCAUUGCUCAAGCACGAUCUCAUCAACAACAUUGCUUCUGCUCACAAUGUCAGCCCAGCUCAGGUUCUUCUGAGGUGGGCUACCCAAAGAGGCAUUUUGGUCAUUCCAAAGUCUAACCACAAGGAGAGAUUGGUCCAAAACCUAACGGUCAAUGACUUCAAUCUUUCCGAGGAAGAGAUCAAGCAAAUCAGCUCUUUGAAUCAGGAUCUGAGAUUCAAUGAUCCAUGGACUUGGAACGAAAUUCCAACCUUUAUCUAG